CUUAGUCGGGUUUGGCCCAGUGUGAGUCGCACGUGAGAAUUGUGUCUCGUGAACUCUUAAGUGAAAUUCCUUUACUUGGAUUUCCGAAAUAAUUACUCCACCUCCGUCUAGCCCAUCACAGAAGGGGUGCAAAAUGCGGUUAAAAUGGUUGUUGUCGUGUCUGGCGGUCAUGCUAGGCAGCGGGCAACUAGCAUCGCCCGCGGAUGCGCAGUGCCUCUGUGGCCUGUAUAUCGUGGAGUCACAGAAUCAGACCCCGGAAUACCUUGUGUUCUCGAAGGAAGAAGAUUAUCAGGUCAACUGUACCGACGCGGUGAAGGGAGCAGAAGAAUGCAGAACAUACUGCGAAGAAGAGGUUUUGGCGAUUGCCAAGCAGCUUCAAACGCACACCCCUGAUCAGGGCCUUCCUUGCGACCGCCUGCCCGCCGACACCUAUUCCUUCUAUGCCUCCUGUGGAAGUCAGGACUUGUAUCCUACUAAUGUCGGGUCCAGCUUACGCGUCUGCUGCGACCCCAAAACAUUUGCGCCUGUCUGGUGCGAGAGACCCUUUCGGAGACAGUCACGGGCGGCGGGACAGCAGGCGGUUCUGGAGAGGAAGAUCGACACGGAGGCAGACCCGGACGACAUCGAGAACAACGAGAUCGAGGGCUCCACCAAACCCGCGGCGGAGGAGGACAGCAGCGCCUGGUCCUGGCUCAACAGCGCCCUGGGCUUCUUCGGCUACAAGAGCGUCGGGGAUCUCAUCAAGAACGUCGACAUCUUCUCCAUUCCAGGGAAGAUCCAGGCAGCCAUGAAGACUUACAACGACGAGAUCUCGAUGGGCCAGUGCUACAUGGAGUUCACCACCUACAACGUCUUCAGCAGGCAGGACGGCGUGUUCGCGUCGCUCCUGCGCUCCCGCCGAGACAUGCCCAUGACGUGGGAGGAGCAGCAGUGGGAGGAGCAGCAGUGGGAGGAGCAGGAGCAGUGGCCGAAGGAGGAGGCAUACUUCGAAGGAGUGGAGGGCCGGGCCACGGCGCCCCAAGGCCAGAACGCCGCCAUACAGAAUCUGGUCGGAGGUCUCGUGGGAAUUCUGGAAAGUUCGCCCACCACCAGACAGUACGCUGACGUCAUCAAGCAGCUCAUGCCCAUGGUGAUGCAAGUGUACAGCGCAGAGGACCCCACGUCCGCCAUCGCCACCUUUAUCACGCAGACUCUCGGCCCCUACCUCUCGCAGAUCCAGACGCCGGCGCCCCCCAAGUCGUCGAACGGCCUCGACGGCGACUCGAAGCCCGGACACUGGCCCAACCUCAGCCGCCCGCACGCCCCCAGGCCCCAGCCCACGCAGCGCCCACGCCCGUCGGCCUCCUCGGGCGGUUCCGGCUCGCCCAUCACGUCCCUCAUUUUGGAGAUGAUCAAGCAGUACCUCACCGCGCCCUCACCAGCUCCCGCUGCCUCGAAGCCCCGCCCUCCACCCACGCGCGCCCCAGCAGCCCCGCCCACCCCCUCGUCCUCGUCCUCCUCCCCCUCCGGCGGCAGCUCCCCCAUCGGCGUCGGGAACAUCCUGCAGCUCCUCUUCGGCGGCUCCUCCAGACCCCAGAGCACCGCCCGCCCGAAGCCGCCCGUGAAGAAGCCCCAGAAGCCCCCGCAGAUCCUGGAGAAGCAGGAUGCCAAGAGCUUCGUGGACAUGGUGCUCGAGUUCAUCAGACCCGUCUUCAUCAGCAUCAUCGGCAAGGCGCCCGGAGAGAGCGGUGUCGCGUCCAUCCGAGAGGUGACGCGCCUGAGCUCGCUGGGCCGCGUGGACGACACCCUGGUGGAGGAGGUCCUCUCGCCCUACUUCUGCCUCAAGAACUACUUCGUCAACAAGGCCUGGACACUGACGGAGCGCGGCGUGAGGUCGGUCGUGGGCAAGUUCAACCCGGACGAGAAGGCGAGGAUGAUGAGGAUGAUGCAAGAGUACUGAGGAAAAUGGCUCGGACGAAUUCGGAAGACUUUUCAGGGAGGUGGAGCGAGGCGAGAGAAGAUGAGUUCGCAGAAUGAUGAGAGAGAGAGAGAGAAAAGAAACGAAUAAAGGGGAGAAAGUCCAAGUGGAAGAAGGUCGGAGCUAAGAAGGUCUUGAGGAGAGAAAGUUACGCGAGUGUGAGAGAGCGACGAACUCUGGCACCGGUGAUAGGAUGGCAUCGAAGUGCCACUUUCAAACUUCGUGUUUUUUGUCAUAGGGUUUCAUCACUUAUGAAAAUAUGGAAAUGGUGAAUGGUAAAGUAUCUCUCGAUAUCGGUAAGCACAAAUCGUGGGAAUGAAUUCAUUACGAGAAUAGAAAUCACCAUGAUAUAUACGAACAUAAAAAAAAACAUGUAAAGACAAUACAAGAUAAUCAAACAGCCACAAAUCUAUUAGCCAAGAUCAUGCUUCCAAAUCCCUUGAAUUAAACGGAGAAAAAAACAAAUACGAUAAAGGGGAAGAAAAAAAGAGUGAUAAAUCAUACCUUUAUAUUCAUCACUCGAAAACACACUUCCGUGUAUUAAAGGGAUCGCUUAUGUAAAUACUUUUUCUCACAUAGGGAGACUCACGCGCUUUACGUGAAACUGUGGGUGACUUUGGGCUCAGAUAAUGUUCAGGGGAAACAGACGCGGGUUGCCAAGAGUGGCCUGGAGCUGCUCAUGUUAUCGUCUUUGUUGUUGUUGUUGUUAUUGUUGCAGUUGUUAUUUUUUCUUAGUUCACUUCCCCUUUCCCUUUCCCCAUACCUCUCCCUCCUCCCGUGUCCCUCAUUUGCUCUGUAUAUAUACAGACCUCUCACAAGAUGCACUUAAGUAUUAACUUGUAAGAAAGGGAAUUAUGAUAAUAAUAUUAUUAUUAUUCGUUGUCAGUACAGUAUUACAAGCAUUGUAUUUUUGUUUUACAUGUUUUAUUUAUUAAUAUAAAAACAAUCCCAUCCAUACCCGCACACACACACACACACACACACACACACACACACACACACACACACACACACACACACACACACACACACACACACACACAAACAAACACACACACACACACACACACACACACACACACACACACACACACACACACACACACACACACACACACACACACACAAACACAAACACACACACACACACACACAAAGAUACAUAGCCCUGCAGAUCAAAUACAUGUCUAUUUAUAGACAAUAAUCUAUAUAUAUAUAUUUCUGUAUGUUAUAGACCGUGGAGCAAUUAUGCUUCUGAUUCCUCUAACUCUGUUUAGUAGGAUUAGAUAACGUAGUACAACAUAUGAAGAUUUAUGUAAGAUCGCGGAUAUAUAUGUUUUAACUUAUUGAUAUUUGGAUGUUACGGUUUCAGACUAACAGAAUGCGUGUUUCGUGACUAACAUACUAUAACGUCGCAUAACUGGCAGGAUUUUUGUCCCAUACUUAUCGGAAUGUAGUACGUGGCUAAAGUGUAUUCACAGAUGUUGACACCAAACUCAAAAAAAAAAGAAAAAAAAACGUUGGUAAAAGAGCUGGCGUUUUUUUUUUGGGGGUGGGGGGGAGAUAGUCCAGAAUUAGAUAUAUUUAUUGUCACAAUCAGUGAAAAAUAUGUGGAACACAUAAGCUGAUUCUAUGAUGUUUAUGUUGAUUUUAUACUUCAAUGGUUGCGUGUUGAUGAUAAAGACCGUAUUGUAUUAUGGAUCUUUUUCUCUGUAUACCAUGUUCUGUACAUACCGGGAAUGCACUGUUGUAUGAACUAAAAAUUUCUAUCAGCUGUGUUCACGUCUUCAUCUCCCUCACAGAGCUACAGUACGUCUCCUCAAAUCUCCAAAAUUCACUAUAUUUUCAAGCAUUUUCAUAGACACAAUAAUAACAAGUCGAUUAAUAUUUCUUCAGUAUGUAUAUAUAUUCUUUUAUUGGAGUCUGGAGAACUGUUCUUGUUGCAAAAUAAUCCAUGUUUCUUGGGAAAAAGUCAAAUUACAAAACUCUGGUGUCUUUAGCAAGGUCAGGUGAGCAACUUCUUCAAUCAAAUGUGUAAAUCAAAUUCCUUCUCACACAUCCUACUCAUAUUAAUUGUUAAUCCCUAUUUAUUUACUUAUUUAUGAUUCUAUUUAAAAUUACACUUGAUAAUAAAUUUUGUAGAUA